AGUAUAACGGAGAUACUAUUAUCCUCACAGGCAAACACGUAUUCUAAACUCUAAACGCUUCUUCCUUAUCCAGCAGAAGAAUCACGCGCCACUCUUCUUCUUCUUCUUCCACCACCUCUCUUAACGAGAUGAAUUGCUCGAUGACCGCAAGUCCAGUGGCUCGACCCUUCGUGCAUCUUCACUCUCAUUCACCGUUUAUUUUACGUUCGAGGCAGCCACCGGCAGGAGUAUGUUUAAGACCGCCUUCACCGUCUCGCAGAACUCCACGACUUGUCUGUAUGGCCGAACCGUACCUAAUUACGAAAAUGGAGUCAGUUGAGAAGACAUGGAAGGAGUUAUCUGUAAAACUAGCUGACCCGGAUGUUGUGUCUAAUCCUUCUGAGUACCAAAAAUUUGCUCAGUCCAUGUCCGAGCUUGACGAGGUUGUAUCCGUAUUCAGGAGAUUCAAAGACUGUGAGAAGCAGUUACAAGAAUCCAAAGUUUUGGCUAAAGAGGCUGGAGAUGAUGAAGAAAUGGCUGAAAUGAUAGGAUCUGAAAUCAGCUCACUCUCUAAAGAAAUUGAGGAGCUUGAAAAACAACUUAAGAUGUUGCUUCUUCCUACCAAUCCUCUUGAUGCCAGAAACAUAUUGCUCGAAGUCAGAGCAGGAACUGGUGGAGAUGAAGCUGCUAUUUGGACUGGUGACCUUGUGCGGAUGUAUCAGAGGUACAGCGAGCGCAGCUCUUGGAAGUUUUCUCUGGUUUCAUGCUCGGAGGCUGAACAUGGAGGUUACAAGACGUGUGUGAUGGAAAUAAAAGGAAAUCGGGUGUAUAGCAAGCUAAAAUACGAAUCAGGUGUUCAUAGAGUCCAGCGUGUCCCUCAAACAGAAACACAGGGCCGUAUACACACUUCUACAGCAACUGUUGCCAUCAUGCCAGAGGCUGAUGAGGUGGAAGUUGUGAUUGACCCCAAGGACAUUGAACUUACAACUGCAAGAUCUGGUGGCGCUGGAGGGCAAAAUGUGAACAAGGUGGAGACGGCUAUAGAUCUAGUCCAUAAACCAACAGGUAUACGCAUUUUCUGUACAGAAGAGAGGACUCAGAUACGAAACAAGGCUCGUGCUUUCCAGCUUCUUCGAGCAAAACUGUAUGAAAUCAAAUUAAGGGAACAACAAGAGAAGAUAAGGGAUCAAAGAAAAUCUCAGGUUGGGACUGGAGCUCGUUCAGAAAAGAUAAGAACAUACAAUUAUAAGGAUAGUAGAGUGACUGACCAUAGGCUAAAGAUGAACUUUGCGCUUACAUCAUUUCUUGAAGGUGGCUUAGAGGAUGCAGUGCAGGCUUGUGCUGCGUUGGAACAAAAGGAACUUAUGGAAGAAUUGUCAGAGUCUGUAGCUGCUUCUGGAUAAAGCCUCAAAACUAUACUCAACGGACAUCAUAACUCUAAAACCUCUGUUUGUUUUAUGAAAGUCUAUGAACAGAUACCAUAUUUAUUAAAUCUCCUUUUUGUUUAUGUUUACAUAUCUAAAGAAUAUUAUGAAUGAUUCUAUGAACAACACCACAAAUUUUGAGGUCAUCUGAAACUAGUAUGUUAAAACCACUAUAAUCAAAUCAACAAGAGAUCAACAAUGCAGUACAUGCCACAAUACACAGAAAACAAAGAAUGGAAGUGUAUAUAUCUUUUCUGGUCAAGGGGAUGGCCGGAGAGAAGAAACCUGCUGAAACUUCAGAACAAACUUGUCCACGAAAACACAGUCUUUAACCUUAAGGAUCUGGAAGUAGUUCAAAUCUUCUUUCUUGACAAACCCUUUAGACAGAAGCUGAGAGAUGACCAUGUUCCUUGGUUUGAUUCUCUUCUCCAAACUCAGACCCAAAACAAAAGGUUGCAUAGCAACGGAGCUAGGUUCAAGACCUGCAUCGUUUACAAGGUACUCCAUGGUUCCCUUUAUCUUCUCAUCCGAUAUCUUCACACAGUUUGGGAAUCUCAUGAACGCAGCCACAAACUCUUCUCUGGACCAACCAAACUGUUGGUACAGCUCAAACUUGUGCUCCACGGUGGAUUCACUAACAUGAAAGAAAACCAACAUAGCAUGAAUGAAAUACAUCUUCUUCGGGUCGAAACCGAAGCUGCGUACUCUGGUUAAGACCUCGUUGAACUUUCUCUCGGAGCAGAAGAACACGAGUGGACCAUUUUGGACCAGUCUUCUGAUGCUUUGAUCUUCGACUCCAGCAUCUCUACAAAGAGAAAGCCGUGCAGACAAGUACUUUACAGUGUCCAACGUGAAAAUCCAGUACCCACGUCUCAAACAUUUGAGGAUACUCUCCUUAUCUACAAGUAUGCUCUUGAGAGAAUCAUAGCAAGGGACCAGCCUGUUUUGCAAGCUAAGUGAAAGCGUUGUGGGACAGUUUGAGAUCAGUUUGGCUGUGUCAGAGCUCGUUAGCCCGAUGGAACGGAAAAACAAGAGCUUUGGCAAGAGAACUGCAUCAGGGUUCACUAUGA